UUUUAUUUUCAUAACUUGAGCUUAAUGAAAAUGCAUAGCGUAGUUUAUGACAUUAAGUGUUAUAGUAGAUGUUUUAUUUAGUAUGUGUGACAUAAAAAUAUGUUUUUAUUGUUUUAACUUCUUGCACAAACGCAUUUCCUCAUUAUGUAAGACGUGGUGAUGUGUGACGACUUAGUACACAAGAUGAGACGAAGCGGGGAGUAAUCGAAAUUUUAAAUUUUACACUCUUUACAAAUCUAAAAAUCCCUUCUUUCGGAAGGGUUGUGUCGCGUGUCGGGAAACCCAAUUUUACACACAAGAAUAAUGCCUCGGCAGUGCGUAGGUUAGUUAAGCUAGACUUCUACAAUUUAAUAAUACCUUUGGACGCCAUCGUCUGCUGUGUCAUUACUUUCACUUUGUAACUACACGUUGGUCUUCUUUUGUUUACGUAGACAUUCCAUCUGAAAUCAUAUCCUUUCAUAAUCCUUGUGUUAUGGCUUAUGCAAUUUUUAUUCACAAAAUUCGAAAACACUUUAAUCGUUCUGAUGCUUACGACAGGUUUCUUGAUCCAAUUCUUACGAAAAUUUCAAAAGCCACAAAUCAAAAUGCCACACCUGUCCAUAUGUCUAAUCCACAUAUCAAAUGUGAAAAUUGAAAUGAUUUCUUCACAAAGAAAUUAUUUUUCGCAGAGGUUUUUUUAGGGAGAGAUAGGGAGAACGCCUUGAGAAUUUUUUCAAAAACUGCAUUUUUCAUCAACUUAAAGCUUGCGUUCUCUUAACUGCUAUUCGAAGCAGUCUAGCAAGACAACAACGCGAAAGUAAAAAACAAAAAAUUGAACAUAAUCUUGUAAAAUCUCUUCAAAAAUUACAUUAACAAGCGAAAAUUCUAUAGGAAAAAUUAAUUAUAUAUAUAAAGAUCUGUCUCAGUGAACGUGCGGUAUCAAUGGUUGACGUGAUUUCGACACACGAUAUACGAGAUGCGUUGAAGAAAACAAGGCGAGUUUCCAUUUUUCUGAACAAGUAUUCCUUUAUUCAUCAACAUCUGUUUUGUCCUUUCAAUGUAAGGUCCGUUGUGCCUUUUCCUCGAAGCCCCUCUGACACGCAUUUGGCCUCGACUUCUACCAGCUAUGCGAUCUUGGUCUGCCUAAACUUGAGGAAAUUCCAUCCUUUCAUGGGUCUUGGGACAAAGGAAAAAAUUGCAUAGCACCAAGUCCGUGUUGUUUUUGGCCAAUUUUAAUAAUUCCCGAACAAACUUCACUGCCAUUUGUAUUUUUAUUGCAUACGUUAAUGGAUAUCUUGUAGUAGGAUAUCCUAAGUCGUAUACAACUUAUCGAGUCGAAGUUGAAAAUGUUCAUCUUAUCUCAGAGAAGAUCAAAGGACCCAGGCAAAAAGGCUUUGCCCCUGAAAGCCUGGAUUCAUAUAUAUGUCUCUUAGGGUGUUUAAGAAUUCGAUUCAUGACCUGUCCAUCUGCUUUGACUGCUCUAUUCACCUUACGUACUAUUAACACUUACGCCAUGCAAAAGUGCAUGACGCCCAAUGAGUCUUUUAUUUAUUAACAGUGAAAUAACCAUAAAACAAUAUUAACACAUUUUCAUAUGGAUGGAUUCCUGAAUAUGCAUGUUAUGUAAAUAAGUGAAACCGCGCAAAGAAAGUAAGAUCGUUAGGCUCCCAUGUUGUUCCCUUUCAUAUAAAUAUUUAUGCAUAUGUAUGCAUAUGUAUGUAUGUGUGUACGUAUGCUCUUAAUGUUUACCGGUUUUGAUGUAAAUAAUUUGAAAUCCUUUCGUAAAGCGCGCAUGCUUUUCACAUCUCAUCUACUACUAUAACAGUAUGUUAACUAUCAUUCUCUCCUAACAUCCUCUGGUAAAAAUAUUUAAUAAAAUCUACACUAAUAUGUGACAUUUACAGCAGUUUAUUAACAACCGUAAAAGCGUAUUGAGAUCAAAGCACAGCUGCCGUCCGUGUUUGUUUUCUUUAAUUGUUGAAUGAAAAAAAAAAAAAAAUAAAUAAAUAAAUAAAAAAAUGUUCAGUUCUAAUGGUGCCAUUGGCGAGAACGCAAUUAACUUCAAUUAGUUUCAUCAUCACCAUUGGUCUUAAAAUAAAUAAAAAUAAAUCAAAAAAGUAAAAAUUUAUGGAAAAAAAGGAAAAUCAUCAAAUAAUUCAAUGUAAGGAAAAGUUCGUAAAAGUGUGAACAUAGGCCUAUCAGUUCACAGGCCUUAUCCAUGCAUUCAAAUAAACCGAAAAAAAACAACGUUUAAACGCACUAUUGUUAGUUACCGUAGAGAUGUGAAUGCCACGAAUACCAACGAUACGUUUGUUUUCAAAGGAGAACAAGAGCAUCGUCAAAUUAUUAGAUAGCAGCCGCGAUGCCAGACAACGUUUAUAAUUGAAAGUAACUGGAUGUGAAGUGUUUUAAUACCUGAAUGAAAAUUGCACAACUUUGAACAUUGAAAUUCAAUACAAUAAUGACGUCUUGCCCCAACAAUCAUCGUCGUUGCAGUUAUUCUUAUUUUACUUUUAUCUCAUUUGUUUAUAUCGUAACGAUACGAUUUGGUUUUGCCUCGACUUCGCUGGACCCGAUCAAAGAGGAAGUGAAUCCAAGAAUGUAUAACGAUUCUGAGCAAAUCGAAAUAAGUACAACUGUGUCGCCAUCACUCAAACAUUUGGCUCAAUGCGGUAAUACCCAAAGGAUGGUAGACAACUGUUUUAGGGAUUUACCGCCACAUUUAAUGGCGUUCCUGCAAUCGAAGAAACCCGCUAUUAACAAAAACGAAGUUCUAUCCAAAUGCAAAGUUUUCGAACGUGGCAUGGAGUGCUUCGAUGAAUACACAGCACGUUGCUUACCGCAUACAAAUUUAAAUAUUCUACAAAAUAAUGUCGAAGGAGCGAAACACUUCUUCAAUAAAUUUUGUGGGGAUCGCGAGUUUCAAUCAAAUUAUUUAAAGCACAAGGAUUGUCUCUCUUAUAUACAGGACGAUUGGAUGCGUUGCACAAAAAGUUUUCAAAUUAUUCUCACCGAGGAGUUGUAUAUGGAAAAUAAAAAUGUUACACAAAAAUUUAUGGAAUUUUGUUGUGCGCGACAUGCUUAUGAGACAUGCAUUUACAAUAGCGCCCGGUACAAGUGCUAUAAACAUUCAGCCAAAUUUGCCCGUGAGGCAGCGAAAAUGCUAACGGAUGAGAAACACUUCAGCAAUUGUCGCCAAUACGAGGCAAUAAUGUGUAACGGAAGAGCUUCUCUUCAUCGACAAUAUUGGCAACAUUGUUGGCACUGCUGGCUGAUGCUGCUGGUCUUAUGUCGUCUUUUUCUACCAACCUACCGGCUGAUAACCCACUAAUUGAAUUUAUAAUGAAUGCACUGCACUGGCAUUUAUGUGAAACAAUGAUAAAAUUCAAUGUCUUAUUUUACACGUGUGCGAAUAUAUGUGCAUCUAUCCACGUGUAUAUACGGGUGUGUGUGUAUGUGUGUGUGGACGCAAAAACCUUUUGUAAGAAAUUAAAUACGACAUAAAAGCAAAAGAAAAUUAUGUUAAAAUCUAAAAAAAAAAAAAUCUUGCAUUAUGCAACAAGUCGCUUGGGGUUAAAAAAGUAACUCAAUAAUAUAAUUGGUUUCAUUUAACUCAAUUAUCAUCACAGCCUGAAUGUAUGCUAAGUUUGACGAUUCUUUUAUAACAACCGAAAGUAUGCAUCAAAAUAACGUUUAAAUUAUCGUAACUAGAAUUUUUUAAUCGUGAUUGCCCAAAAAUGAUGGUCUGUCCGUCCGUCCAUUUGUUCGAAUUUUAAGAUUUGUUCACAAUCAUAAUUUUCAUGUCUCAUUACUGUUUAAAUUGUUAAACAUACACAGGAUGCAAGUCAUAAUUGAUUGACAACAUAGUUUAGCACGGGUGCAACGUCCGCACCCAGCAACCGGUUUACACAAUUUAUAUCAUUUGUCGUUUUAAGAGGAUACCAUACUACUCUUCUUUUGCAAAAUUUUCAACAAUGUCCCUGCGAAAUGCUUUUAGAUGCAUAGAAGGUUAAGUAAAUUAAUCGGUCGACAUUACUUGCCAUUAUUCGGAGAAGUUCCAACGACUCAUCAGUUAGAACUUAAUGGCCUAUUCAAUCAAAAGUCAAUUACCUUUCGGUCGUUAUUGAACCGAAUAUAAAAAUUCACGUUCACACGUGCACAUCCUCGUCUCAGUUACGGACAAAAUAAAUUUGAAUAUUCUCUUCAUAUACAUUUGUACAUACCGUGUAGUGUUAAACAUCAAACUAUUCGUCUCAAGCCGAUUAAGAUUCUCUUUUAUGUGUAUUGCUUUGAUGUAUUUCUAAAAAAAAAAAGUUUAUUAUUAUAGAAAAGACGCUAUUAACUAUGCAUAUAUUACUUAUUGUAUAUGUAUAUAGAAGGUAUGCAACGUGCUUGCAACUAAUUGUAAGAAAGUAAGGCGAUUCUUUUUGAUAAUAACCAGUGUAGAGGUCUGAAGAAGAAAUUUAAAAAAACGAUUUUUUUUAAAUGAUUAAAUAUUAAGUUUAAAAAUUAUUUUAAU